AUGCUCUUCGUCUUCCUCUUCCUCUGCUUGUCCAAUCUGUCAUCGGUGCUGGUCAAUGCUGCAUCAGAGGACAAGAAGCCUUUCCCGCUCGACCUCAGGCCGGCGCAGCGCUACAUGAUCCUGCAUUCGCCUCCGGCUGCUGCAGCGUUUGAAGGGACGCCAUGUCAGGUGCAGGUGGUGAUCGAGAGCGUUGGGGUCGACGCGUCUAGACCUGACGACACCCUUGCUCUUCUUGUUUACGUCGGUUCGAACAAUCCGAUGGAGCUGCCGAUCCGUGAAGGGCUGCUACAUUUCAACGCUGUCGUGCACGAGGCCGGAACGUUCAAGAUCAAGAUCUUUGCGAUAGGUGUGGUUGUUGAUGUGCUCGAGCCUGUGGAGCGACGUGGCACUGGCGGCCAGCUUGCAGAUCCCGAGAAGGAGGUGGCGGCAGUAGUGGAGGAGGAGGAGGAGGGAGGGAAGUGCGAGGGAGAGUGCAAGGGAGACGCGCUGCUGACCGCUGUCGGCGAGCUGUUCGGUGUUGAACAUGGGGAAGAGAACAGCGAGGGGAGGGUGAGGAGGGGACUUGACCGUCUCCUGCUCGCUGCUCGACAAGGAAACCUCCAUGCUAAGGCUCUUUACUCCAUCCUCAGUCACCCGAACCCUCUGGAUCCGGAGGCUCCGCCUGACCUGCGGGACUGUGCCGACGAAACCAUGGCGGGAGGGGUUGGACAUCCGAUAUGCCACAUGGCGAUGGGUUUUCGUUUCUGGAGAGGACUAGGUGUUGAGCAGAAUCUGACGAGAGCGAUGAAACAUUACAAGAUAGCAGCUGAGAUCUCAGUUCGGACAAGCGAGACGCUCUGGAGCACUUUCGUGAGCGAGAGGAAAGGGAGGAGGAGGCAGGGGACUGCGAGACUCUUCGAGUACGACGAUUUAUCGCAAAUCUUAGAGGAUUUGUCGGAAGAUUAUCGAUCAGAAGCUCUAGCGGGCAAGGGGGUGGGCUGGAGUGAAUUUGCUGGGUCGCGGGAGAGGGACCUCUCGACGUUCCAGCAGGAUUUCUUGUACGCUCUUGACAGGAUCUUCACUUCCUAUGUGUGGGGGCGGGAUCACUCCGUCCCUCGCGGAGACUUCGAGGGAGCCAGCAAGGCUGCAGCCGUCAGUGCCAGGGGCGGGGACGUGAAACAGAAGCUCAACCUCGGGACUCUCGCGCUCCUCGGCCUUGGCAUGCGCAGGAACGAGACGCUCAGCACCGUCUUGUUCGCAGGGGCCGCUGGGAGUCACUGGGGGAAGACGAACAUGGGGCUGUGCUACGUGCAUGGCGGCUGCGGAAACAUCUCGAUCGACCACGGGAAGGCACGAAGUCUGCUGGAGGAGGCGGCAAACGUGGGGAACACGCAGGCAUCGCUGCUGCUCGGGGCCGCGAUCAGGCAGGGAGACUUAGGAUACGCGAUCAACUUCCCCUCCUCCCGCGUCCUCCUGGAAGGCGCAGCGAGGAGAGGGGAGGUAGCGGCUGUCUGGCAUCUGGGCUUGAUGGCGGAGGGAGGGGAGGGGAGGGCAAAGUCGCACGCUGAGGCCGCGCGAGCCUUCAAAUUUGUGGCCGAGCGAGGCCUGCUGAGCUUCCUGCUGACCAAGGCAGAGACUUCCUUCGUGGCCAACGACCACGUCGGGGCGUAUCUGCGGUACAAGCUCGCAGCUGCUUGUGGCUGGACCAGCGGCAUCGCCAACUUGGCGUACCUGGUGGAGCAGGGAGUUGCUCAUGCGCAGCAGCAGAACCUGACGCUUGCAAGGACCCUCUACUCCAUCGCUGCCGUCGAAGGGGAUGCCCCCAGCAGGAGGAGGCUGGGGGACAUGGAGUACACCGGCGUCGGAGGGGAGCAGAACUUUGCGGCAGCGCUGGAGCACUACCUUAUGAACAAGGAGGACCCGCACUCGCUCUUCAACGCCGCGUGGCUGACGGAGGAGGGCAGGGGAACAGCAAGGAACCUCACUCGAGCCAAGACUCUCUACCUCGAGGCCAUGCAGGCGGCUAGGAUGCGGCCGAGGAACGCGGAGUACGGGCACAUGAAGCCGCUGGGUGUCCUUCCCAUCCAGCUCGCCCUGUUGCGCCUGGAGCUGCAGCAGCUGCUCCACCUCGAGUCCUUCCCGCUCAAUGCCCUGCUGGAGAGCGUCGGAAGGCAGAGCUGGACGUGGGUGGUGCCUUUUGCCUCCUCGUUCGACUGGCUCAGCAGCAAGCUAGGCCUUCCCACCUCCUCCUCGGAUGGUUUUCCGUCUUUCAAGGCCCCGCCAGCCUGGUCAGGGGAAUCUGCUUCCAAGUUGAAGGGCAGAAGGCAAGAAGGGGAGGAGAAGAACGAGGAGGAAGAGGAGGAGGGGGAUUUGACUUUUGUUCUCUUCGCUACCCUGGUCGGGUUUAUUGUUGGGCUUGCGAUCGCCGCCAUCCUCCGCUAG